ACGAAAGCACUUCGAAAAACAAUGUUUUGAAGCGGUUAGGUCGACGAUACAUAUGGAGUGCAUGUCGUACAUGUUUCUAGUCCGUACUUGGAAUUGUGAUACAUAUAAUAAAAGGCACUGAGGCUCAUACAUAGAUAUCAAUGAUAGAAUUAUGGCACGUAUUGCCCCAAAAGGAUACGUUAGAAGCAUAAAGAAUCUACUGAAGGAACCAACGCAGCCAUUCAAGAAUCUGUUAGUGCUGGAUUUGGAAUGCACGUGUGACAAGGAUAAAGAAAUUGUGCCUCAAGAAAUCAUUGAGCUACCCUGCGUAGCCAUAAGGAUUAAAGAUUGGAAAGUUCAAGAUGUAUUUCAUGAGUACAUCAAGCCUCGAUUUCAUCCUACUUUAACUCCCUUCUGCACAGAGCUCACAGGGAUUAUGCAAGAGACUGUAGACGACCAGAAACACUUUCCUGAGACAUUCUUUAUGUUUUGUAAAUGGUUAACCGAAGGUGGUUUCUUUGAAGAAGGAAAUGAAAGUGCCUUUGUCACCUCUGGUGAUUGGGAUUUAAAAGUAAUGUUGCCUAAACAAUGUGAGCUCGAAGGUAUUACUGUUCCCGAGUACUUUACAAGCUGGAUCGACCUGAAACGCAUAUUUGCUACAGCUACUCAAUAUUAUCCUAGAAGUCUGAGACAAAUGUUAGUUAAAUUACAGCUUCCCAUGCAUGGAAGAUUACAUUCUGGUAUAGAUGAUGUGACAAAUAUGAUUAAAGUAAUGGAAAAAUUAAGCAAAUCUUACAAACCUCGAUAUAACAUAACAUCUACUUUAAAAUGAUACACAGUCCCUCUUAAGAACUAAACAAAUAAAAGUUACGUUUUACCCUAAA